AUGGCACCUCGCAAGGAAAAGGAAACAAAAGGCAACUCGGCAGAAACUGACGUGCAGAAUUCAGCAAAGCUGACAGAGACUGUCUGGCUAGCGCAAGCUGGCAAGAUUUUGAAGGAUUUACAUCAAAAAGGUGAAAUUGAAGGGCGCACUGCCGGAAAACAAAUCGUCUACCAUGCUCUACAAAAGUCAUCCGACCCCGCGAGCCCCGAGCUCCUCACCGCACUAGUUCAGGAGAUCACAACGCUUCAAGAGGAGCUCUCUAUUAUCAAGGCAAAUGAGAAGAAGGCUCGCACGGCCUUGGCGACCCUCCAAGCCAAACCGCGCCUCUCGGCUCUUCGCGAGGAAAUUCGCCAGUUGGGGAUGGAACGGGAUGCCGCUCAGGCACGUGUUCACGAAAACCGCUCCGACGGCGGCGACGAUCAUCAGCCUCAGAUCUCGCCUACGGCACGUGCCCAACUGGAGCGGGACUGGACCCAAUGGCAGCGGCACGCUCGUUUGCGCCGCCGCAUCUGCCGGGAGUUGUGGGAGUCCUGUUCGGAAGUUUUACCGGAGGGCGUUGCUACUGCUGCAGAGCUUUGGGAAAGUGUCUAUUCUUGCUCGUUGUUCUUUUCGAAUGUACCCUGA